GCUUUGUUGCAAAAGAAGAUCAAUGCUUAAUUUUUCUCCAGUGAACAAGCUUACAGAUUAAGAUUUAUGUCAUUCCAAGAAGUAAACAGACAUGCAGUCCUCCCUCCCAUCAUUAGUAAAAGUGACAAGGAGUUUUUGGAAAGCAUGCAAAGAUACAUAAUUACAGAAACCAAAAGAGUGGGCUGCAACGAGGAAGGACCGGCUGAUGAGUAUUACACCAUAUACCGAAAUGUUUUCGACAAGGUAAUAGACUAUGUCAAUGCAUACAAGUCCAUUCUUACUUCAAUCAAAAAAGAAUAUGAUGCCUUUAUUGAGACAAUAAAGAAAGGCCGAAAAACUGCUUUUUAUCUUCAUGGAAAACUUAAAGUUUUAGCAGCAGAGCCCACAGCGUUGGUUUAUCACCAGAGAAGAGCCAUCCAACUUGAAGCAAAAAUGAAGAUUAUUGAAAGUAAUUCCACAGACAUUCAAUUGCAAAUAGAUCAGAUGAAACAGCUGAGAGCAGAGUAUGACAAAAAAGAAGUAAAGCACUGUGCUCCCACCAGGCAGCUCUGGAGACCCAUCCCAGGGAUGACUCUUCAAGAAUCUGUCAAUCUGGAUGCUCUCAAUAAAUAUAAGCAGCAUCUUGAAGAUAAAUAUAUAAAAUGUAAGCAAGAUAUGUCAACAAAGUAUGUACCAGCCGAAAAGAAGGCUGACCUGGAUGAGGAGAUGACUGUGUUACUAAAACGUCGAGAUAUAGCUGAAAGCCUGAACAGAGACCUGCAAUUUCGCCAUCAAAGACUGCAGGUUAUUUCACACACACUUACUACAUGGAUGAAGCAUAACAUGAAAAUCCCAUUCCAAGAUGUCAUGGAGAAAAUUAAGAAAACCAAAGCAAUCUAUGGCGAUGAAAGCAUUGUUGAUGAGCUAUUUGAAGAUGACCCAAGCAAGACAAAAGAAGCCAUAAUUAUACUUUACUACAUUGAAAGGUUCAAUGAAUUAAUCUCCCUUGGUGAAUACGAGAAGGCAGCUUGUUUUGCAGCAAACAGUCCAAGAAGAAUUCUUCAAAAUAUUGGUACAAUGAAUAAAUUUAAGGCUAUUGGGAAAAUUAGAGGAAAGCCUCUUCCAUUACUCUUGUUUUUUGAGGCUAUAUUCAGCAGGAGUCAGGCUUUCAAACGUCCUAUUAAUGCUGAUCUAACCCUGGAGGGAAUCAAAUGUGGACUAUAUGAAAAACGCCUUGAUUUAGUUACCCACUGGGUCACCCAGGAAAAGCUGACAUUUUCUGAGAAGGCUGGGGAUAUUAUUUUUGUUUAUGGAGAGCAGAACACAUACUACAAGCCCAGGUGCUUGGCUUUAGCUCAGAUGAUCUACAAUGAAUGUGGUCUACACAAGAAAGUUCUUCUUACCCUGUGUAAACAGGGUCAGAUUCAUGAGGCUGUGGAUCAUAUACAACAGUUCAAGGACUUUACCUCUGAUGACCUGAUAGGGCUGAUAACAGCAUGUCCCCAAAUUGAGUUAAUUAAAUGUCUUACUCAAGAAAGAGAUGGAAAACCACCAUUUUUAUCUUUUGCACUUGCUGUACUUCAUCUGUUUUCUGUGGAUAAGAAAAAAGUUGGCAUUAAGCUACUUCAGGAAGUCAGUAAAGGUGGGAAAGAUGUAAUAGAGCAUCUUGUGAUGGGUGAUUUAUUUUGCUCCUUAGAAAAGUGGCAAGAAAUGGCAAAUAUCUGUUUACAGAAUGGCUUUGAAAAUUUGUUUAAUGACAUCAUGACCAUUCUUCGAUCCCAGGCUGGAGUUUCAGAAAUUUCUGAGGAUGAUUCCAUCAACUUAAUGGAACAUGUUUUUUGGUAGUUCUUUAUUUUAACCAGCUGAGGGCGCUUGUACACAUUUUAUAAGCAUUGGCUGGGCAAACUGGUUUUAGCAUAGUUAUCAUAAAUAAAUGUUGAAUAUAAUGUUCUCGGCAACAAAUCACUU